AUGUAUACAUUAAGAAAAUUGCACUUAAUAUUAUCAUAUAUCUGCAAUAAUAAUGAACAGAAUAUUUGCUUCUAAGUGUGGAAUGUGUAGAAUUUACCAAAUUUCUAUUAUUUAAUGAAUCUUCAUAGUGUAUAAUUCGAUAAUACCUUAAUAAUUUAAUCUGAUAACUUGUUCUUUUGUGUUACUUUUAGCAAUUAUACUGUUUAUGUUUACAAUCCUUAAUAUCCAUAUCACAUGAGUUUAUAUUAUAUAUUAUAAUUGACUUCUCCAAUUUAAUGA